GCCGGAGGCUCUGCAUGUCCGAAGCCCUGGCUGCCGCAAUCCGGAGCCGUGCACCAGAUACUAACCCUUUGCCUCCCCGUUGCCUAUCCCCACCCUCCCGGGGCUGUGAUUGGCGUGAGCAGCUGGGGCUCGCCCAGCACUGGGCCGCGGGGACGGAGGAAGAAGCCAGCCUGGCCUGGGAGCAGAGCCGGGGAAGGGUGGGGAGGAGCCGCGUGUGCCCGGCUGCCCGCGGGAGCCGGCAUGGCGCGUUGCUGAGCGCCUCGGGGGAGCCAUGCUGUCCAGGAAAGGGAUCAUCCCCGAGGAGUAUGUGCUGACCCGCCUCGCCGAGGAUGUCCCGGAGCACUCCCGCUACCGCGCCCGGGAGCGGCGGGCCAGGUUCGUGGGGAAGAACGGCACCUGCAACGUGGCCCACAAGAACAUCCGGGAGCAGGGCCGCUUCCUGCAGGACGUCUUCACCACCCUGGUGGACCUCAAGUGGCCGCACACGCUGAUCAUCUUCACCAUGACCUUCCUGUGCAGCUGGCUGCUCUUCGGCAUGACCUGGUGGCUGAUCGCCUUCGCCCACGGGGAUCUGGACCACAGCACCCAGCUGCAGGCAGGGGGUAGCCGGGGGGCUGGGGAGGAGGCCGGGGGGUUCGUGCCCUGUGUGACCAGCAUCCACUCCUUCACCUCCGCCUUCCUCUUCUCCAUCGAGGUGCAGGUGACCAUCGGCUUCGGGGGCCGCAUGGUGACCGAGGAGUGCCCGGCUGCCAUCCUGGUGCUGAUCGUGCAGAACAUCGUGGGGCUGGUGAUCAACGCCAUCAUGCUGGGCUGCAUCUUCAUGAAGACAGCUCAGGCGCACCGCCGGGCCGAGACCCUCAUCUUCAGCAAGCAUGCGGUGAUUGCCCUGCGGGAGGGCAGGCUCUGCUUCAUGCUGCGGGUGGGUGACCUGCGCAAGAGCAUGAUCAUCAGCGCCACCAUCCGCAUGCAGGUGGUGAAGAAGACCACCAGCCAGGAGGGCGAGGUGGUGCCCCUCAACCAGAUAGACAUCCAGAUGGAGAACCCAGUGGGGGGAAGCAACAUCUUCCUGGUCUCCCCGCUCCUCAUCUACCAUGUGAUAGACAAGAACAGCCCCCUCUACGACAUCUCCCCCCUACACCUCAACCACCACGAGGACCUAGAAGUCAUCGUCAUCUUGGAAGGGGUGGUGGAGACCACUGGCAUCACCACCCAAGCCAGGACCUCCUACCUGGCCGAUGAAAUCCUCUGGGGCCAAAGGUUUGUGCCCAUCGUGGCCGAGGAAGAUGGUAGGUACUCAGUGGACUACUCUAAGUUUGGCAACACGGUGAAAGUGCCCACCCCUUCUUGCACUGCCAGGCAACUGGAGGAAGACAGGAGCAUCAUAGACUCCAUCCCAUUGUCACCUAAAAGCACCAGUAGGAAGAGGUCUUUCAGGUUGAAGCCCAAAUUUACCAUAACUGAUGAGCCUUCCUGACACCGUUUUAGAGGAAAGAUGCAAUAAACAAGAACACUGAGAUAGCCUCUUAUUUUUUUUAGCCAGGUUGGUAGCACAAGGAUUUGGCCUACAUGAGAAGCAAUUUAAGCAACGCUACCAUGCAAGUGCCCAUGAUUCUUCUUCCCUCGAGGGAAUCUGUAUUACUCAAGCUACACGGAGUCUCUUUGUUUUCUGUGAGAUGAGGAGAGCGAAGCUGGGAGGAGGAGCUUGCUGUUACUGAACUGUUUUCAGGACCAUCUUUUGUGUAUAUUUGCAGGAAACCUCCUAGUUUUCUCCAGGGUUGGAGUAACAGAUGCCAAAGAAAGGAAUCUCAAGGAUGAGAAUGAAAAAAAAAGGAAUCACAAAAUAAUGGUUUCUGUGGCUUUAACCAAGGUUUUCAUGAAUUUAACCAAGACUUUCAUAAAUCUGUUUUCAGUUUUUAUUUUUCUUAGUUUAAAUUCUCCUGUUCUUUAGAGGUUUUAAACACACAAAAAAGAAAUUUCAGAGUCAAAAAUCA